AUGUCGUUCGUCCUUACAGAGACACCAGCAGGUUAUGCUCUAUUGAAGUCCUCGGACAAAAAGAUCUAUAAAUCCUCGAGUUUACUCAAGGAUCUUGACAGUGAGGAGAAGGUUCUUAAACAGUUCAAGAUUGCAGCUUUUUCGAAGUUUCAGUCUGCUUCCAAUGCCCUUGAAGAAGCUACUUCUAUUUCAGAGGGUAAAGUUUCUGAGCAGUUGAAAGAUUUGUUAACGGAAGCCAAGUCAGACAAAAAGACGCAUUUGGUUGUGUCAGAGACUAAAUUGGCCAAUUCUAUUAACAAGUUAGGAUUGAACUACUCUGUCAUUAGCGAUGCCGCUACUUUGGAUAUCUACAGAGCAAUAAGACAAUACUUACCGGAUCUUCUUCCUGGUAUGACAGACAAGGAUCUAUCGACGAUGUCUCUUGGUUUAGCACAUUCCAUUGGUAGAUACAAGUUGAAGUUCAGCCCAGAUAAGGUGGAUAUUAUGAUUGUUCAGGCCAUUUCUUUAUUGGAUGAGCUUGAUAAGGAGAUCAAUACCUAUUCUAUGAGAAUGAAGGAAUGGUUUGGAUGGCAUUUCCCGGAGUUGGCAAAGAUUGUAGUCGACUCUACCGCUUACGCUAGAAUCAUCCUCAAAAUGGGAUUCAGAACUAACGCUCAAGAGACCGACUUCAGCGAAAUUCUACCAGAAGAUAUUGAGCAACAGGUGAAAUCUGCCGCCGAGAUCUCUAUGGGUACUGAAAUUACCGCCGAUGAUUUAAAGAACAUCGGUGCUUUGGCACAACAGGUUGUCGACUUUUCCACAUACAGAGAACAGCUAUCGAACUAUUUAAAUGCCAGAAUGAAGGCCAUAGCGCCAAAUCUUACGGCAUUAGUGGGAGAGUUAGUUGGAGCCAGAUUGAUUGCUCAUGCAGGAUCUAUGAUUUCUUUGGCUAAAGCCCCUGCUUCUACCAUUCAGAUUUUGGGCGCUGAGAAGGCAUUGUUCAGAGCUUUGAAGACCAAGCACGACACCCCUAAGUACGGUCUCAUUUACCAUGCUUCUCUAGUGGGACAAGCUACCGGUAAGAAUAAAGGUAAGAUUGCCAGAGUGUUAGCUGCUAAAGCUGCUGUGGCACUUAGAUACGAUGCUUUGAGCGAGGAAAGAGAUGAUUCUGGUGACUACGGUUUAUCUGUCAGGGCUAAAGUUGAGUCUAGGUUGAGUGCUUUAGAGGGAAGAGACAUGAGGACUACAUCUAAGAUACCAAAGGACUUCAAAAAAGUCGAGAUCAAUGAAUCUAAGCAAUACAAUACUGAUGCUGAUGCUCCAGUGCAGAAGAAGGAAGACUCUGAUUCUGAAUCCGAAUCUGAAUCUGAAUCUGAGUCUGAUUCCGACGAUGAAGAUGAGGAGGUAAAGAAAGUUGAAAAGAAGACAAAGAAGGUUGAAAAGGAGGCAAAGAAAGUUGAAAAGGAGGCAAAGAAAGUUGAAAAGGAGGCAAAGAAAGUUGAAAAGAAGAGAAAGAGAGAAGAUGAGGAGGAAGGUGCUGAGGUGAAGAAGCAGAAGAAAGAGAAGAAAGAGAAGAAAGAAAAACACCAUCAUAAGAAAGAUAAAAAAGAGCACGAGCACAAGCACAAGGAUAAGAAGGAGCAUAAACACAAGCACAAGAAUUAA